AUGUCUUCUUCUCAACCAAUACAAGCGCUGCCCCCUGAUGUGAUAGCAAAGAUUAACUCAUCAACUUCAAUUUCUGACCUGAAUGGCGUUAUUGUGGAUUUGGUCAAGAAUUCCUUGGAUGCAAAUGCACAAACAAUAUCCGUGACAGUCGACUUCAAACGCGGUGGUUGUAUAGUUGAAGACGAUGGAGAUGGAAUCCCUCCAGCUGAGUUUGAAGAGACAGGAGGGCUCGGUAAAGCUCACCAUACGUCUAAAUUCAAUUUGAGCGGCUCGUUUGGCCAGCGUGGGCUGUUCCUAGCCUCACUGGCCUCAUUGUCUUUGUUGAGUGUCACCUCUCAUCAUAUGCAAUACAAGAGCACCAACUCAGUCAUAUUGCAUCACUCGACACCUGUUGCGCGGUUGAUUCCUGUGCCGCCGUGUCAAGAGCUCCGCUCUAGCAGCCAUGGCACGUCUGUCAAAGUCAAUGACCUUUUCGGGAACAUGCCAGUUCGUGUCAAGAGUCGAGCACUUGCUCUUCAGAAGUCUGAUGAGAUGGAGCGAGAGUGGAAUAACCUGAGAUACUCAUUGGUGUCUCUCUUGUUGGCGAAUCCCCAGCUCUCGAAAGUGGUUGUCUCCGAUGCCGAGAAAAAUAGACGGAUGUCCAUUCGUCUUGGCGCUAGAUCUGUGUCCGAUUUACACGUCUCACACAGGGAUCAUGACUUCAACCUCAAGCGUAUUGGCUCAAUACUCGCACAGUCGGGGCUAAUCUCUUCUCGACACGUGGAAUCUUGGCAUGAACUGUCUGCUUCGGUUCCUGAUCUCACCAUUAGAGCAGCAAUUUCUCUAUCACCCAGCCCAACUCGAAAAUUUCAAUUCAUCUCGUUAGGAAAAGAGCCUUUGCUGUCACGCAGCAGCUCGAACCUAUUGUACGGAGAGGUCAACAGGCUGUUCGCGUUGUCCGAUUUUGGGAACCUUGAAGUUUUCUCCGACGCUAUUUUGGAGAGUCGAAAAGAUUCUUUCGGCAAUGCGAGUACCAGAAGCUGGGCAAAGCCCAUCAACAAGUGGCCAAUGUUUUAUAUAUGCGUCGACACGAAAAUUGCUCUCAGACGGGACAAUAAUACACGUGAGCCUCUUCCGGAAUCCGAGAAGUCAAUUCAACGCAUUGUUGAUGUGCUCGGAGCCAUGGUUUAUGAGUUUUUGAGACAGCACAACAUGCGACCCCGUAAAACCAAGCGGCAGACACUGUCAUCGGAUCGAACUCGGAGCAUUGGCUCUACAGGAUCCAAAGGGUCCGAAGUAGCCCAUGACUCUAUGCGCCAGGACAAGGCUGCAUCAACCACUGAGGAAGCGUUGAGCGACCGCGUGAAAUUUCCGUCGUUUCCAAGACCUCAAUCCAUCAAUUCGGGACCAAGCUUCACCAAUUGGUCAAGGGUCAAAGCAGCCAAAGACCAAAGGGUACAUUCUCAACCUCUGCCAGCUCAGCAUUUGGACGCCGAGCUGAGAACGUGUGAGGGUGAGAGACCAUUGGAUACCUCAACUGGGUCAAGAAUAGAUCGAGACAGAGAUUGCACAAAUUUCACAGUUUCGUCCGGUCUGCCUAUGUCAAAGUCUGCGGAACAAGAUAUAACGAGACGGCAGGAUGAUUUUGAUGGCCCAUCUGCAGACAAAAUGAUCACUUGGCUUGAUCCGCAUUCGAAAUUGGCCUAUCUCAUAAAUCCUCGCACGGGUCAAACAAAACGUCCUCGACAAUCAACACUUCAGACAUCUCGCUCCACGGACUCUCUUGGUACCUCAUCGAAACUUCCAACACAGAGCUUUUGGAUGGAAAGCUUAAUGAAAGCAUGGGAGAAUCCUGCUUUUAUUCGAACGGAAAUUCCUAUACCAAAUCUGGGUCUAGAUUCAACCAGUGAACAGAAUCGGCCUACUUCACACGAUUGUUUCAAAGGUAUUGAGUCUCUGGAGAUGGCACAGGUUGCAAAAUACCGAGGUAAGCUUCGACGUCGCGGCCUCCAAACCGCAGAGGUCAUUGCCCAGGUGGACAAAAAGUUCAUUCUUGCGAAAGUAAAUACUGCUGGCGAGAAGCCUGGGGAGGAUCAGAGUUCAACCGAUGCUCUGCUCUUAAUAGAUCAGCAUGCAGCGGAUGAGCGAUGCCGAGUUGAACAGUUGUUUGGCGACAUGUUCGUCUCUUCUGGUACAACAGUGACUCCGGAUCAAGGAACCAAAGUCCGAACUGUUCAGAUGGCUUCUGUGGCAUUCGAAGUUUCAUCCUCAGAGAGUCAUCUUUUCCGAAAGUACAACAGUUUCUUCUCGGGCUGGGGUAUCCUAUAUACGACCGAAUUGAAGACCAAAUCUGCUGCCGAAGUCACCAUCCACACUCUCCCUGCACUCAUAGCUGAGCGCUGUCGCCUUGAACCUCAUGUACUGCUUGACUUGAUGAGACGUGAGAUUUGGUCAAGCGAGGAGAAUGACAAGAAGCCAUUCCGGUUCAAAAGUACCUUUGCCACUGAAGAGCUGGGAUUGGACUCGGAUCUGUCUGACUGCGAAAUCACGACGCUCACACCCAAAACAACAUCCUUCACUUCUCAUGCAUGGGUUCAGCAGAUGAACGGAUGCCCAGACGGUAUAGUUGAACUUCUACAUUCUCGCGCCUGUCGCACUGCUAUCAUGUUCAAUGAUCAUCUGAGCAUCGAGGAGUGCCAAGCUUUGGUCGCUCGGCUGGCUCAUUGCGCCUUUCCAUUCCAGUGUGCGCAUGGGCGCCCUUCGAUGGUCCCAAUACUCGAUCUUCGUUCCUUUUCCAAAACUGCCGCAUCCCUGCCAUUGCAUUUGGAUACCAGGGCAACGGCUUCUCGCGACGAAGAACAGGAUAUGGAUUUCAUGCAGGCUUUUCGGUCUCAGUACAGUAUUUAA